AUAUGGACAAGUAUUCAAUCAUUGGGCCAAUUGGAGAAGGAGCUCAUGGAAUAGUCUUCAAGGCAAAACACAUUCAAAGCGGCGAAGAAGUUGCACUGAAAAAAAUCCCUUUGAAACGUCUCGAUGACUGCAUACCUAAUUCUGCCCUUCGUGAAAUUAAGGCAUUGCAAGAGAUAGGCGAGCAUCCAAAUAUUGUAACUCUCCGCGAAGUUUUUCCUCAUGGGACUGGUUUUGUUCUUGUUUUCGAGUUCAUGCUUUCUGAUCUGUCAGAAGUAAUAAGGAAUGUGGAUCGACCUAUAACUGAUUCACAAGUCAAAAGUUAUAUGCGAAUGCUUUUGAAAGGCGUCAAUUAUUGUCACGAAAACAACAUUAUUCACCGAGACUUGAAACCAGCAAAUUUACUCAUCAGCUCAACGGGUCACCUGAAGAUAGCUGACUUCGGUCUGGCGCGAAUUUUUUCAAGAAACAAAGGCGAUGACCCAAAUGGCGCCCACCCUCAGCUUGAAAGACAAUAUAGCCAUCAAGUGGCUACCAGAUGGUACAGGAGUCCUGAACUCCUGUACGGUGCUAAGAAAUAUGACGAAGGUGUGGAUUUAUGGGCUGUGGGCUGCAUUUUUGGAGAGUUGCUGAACAUGUCGCCAGUGUUUCCUGGCGAAAAAGAUAUCGAUCAGCUCUGCUGCGUAUUGCGGGUACUGGGUACACCUACAGAAGAGAUCUGGCCUGGAAUGAAGUCUCUUCCAGAUUACCAGAAAAUUAUUUUCCCAGAAAAUGAACCAAUACCGUUCGAAGAGAUUUUUCCAGAUGCCUCUGCAGAAGCACUUGAUUUAGUGAAAAAGUUCUUGGUUUACGAUUCUAAGAAGCGAAUUUCAGCUACUGAAGCGUUACUGCACCCUUAUUUUUUCACUGAGCCCUUGCCAGCUCACCAUUCGGAGCUUCCGAUACCAGUCACCCAUAGAGCUAACAAGAAGCUACGCCAAACAGCUGAGUUAGAUGUUACAGCUCCCAUUCAAGCGUCUUUAGUAGACCCGGCAACAAUUGAAAUGUUUUGCUAGAAAUUUGACGGGGGUAUUUUAAAGUGCAGUACGUACAAACAAGUCAAGUGUAAAUAGCAUUGUCUGCUUAUUGUAUUAUUUUAUAAUCUGUACAAAUUUUUGUCCAAUUGAUUGUAUAAAUUGUAUAAAUGUAGUUUGUUGAGUAAAUCCAAUAAAG